AUGCCCCUCCGCUGUCCCGCUGGAGCGACCCGAGCAGCUCCAUUCGUCUCCUACACUUCGUCGCUUACAUCUCGCCGGAUACCCUUCCGAAUAUGCUCCUCAUGUCGAGCUCGUCUCUCAUUCCGUGGACUGUCGACACAGUCGGAUCGCCGGCGGCCUACAUCUCUUCGAUACCAACUUUUGGCAGAUAACUUGCCAUCUCGGUCCCAUAAAUAUGGCUUCCAAUACCCCACCAAGGCUGUGGCAUAUUAUACGACAAAUGCCUCAGAGCCUAGACCACCCCGGAAAGUGAACGAAAUGCUCACUCCUAAGCUUGUUAUCCUUGGAACUCCUGCCCAACGUCGAAGUGUCGAUCCUUUGGCUCUCGACCCUGUGGAUAAAGAUCAACUUGAUGGUCUCACACGGGCUCUGCAAACAUUCGAGUUCAAGGUUGAAGAGGCAGAAGUUUCCAACGAAAUUCUACUAUUCAAGCCAGAGAGCCUCCGGGUGUCAAAAUUGAGAUUUGAACAGGUGCUGAAGGACCUUGAUACUGCCUUCCUAGGGCCUCAAGUUAAAGACUAUCUUUCUACCACUGAGGUAGAUAUUGCUGGUGGUGUAUCAAAACUUAGGAAGGCACAGGCUCUUAACCUUGUCAUGCGACAGGUUUGGGGAGUUCAGAUAGACGAGGAAAUUGCAGCGGAGAUGGACGUUAUCAGAGAAAAAGAACUCAAGUUUGAGAGAAUGCAUCUCUUCUUCAUGAUGAUGGGGGGCGGAGAUAUGCUUCAGAAGCUUGCAAGCCGUAACCGUACCCGUAUUAUCCUCAAUUCGAAAGCCAAUACCAUCAUUCUCAAGGGUACGAAGGCUAGGAUUGAACGCGUUGAACAUCAACUUCGAGAUUUACCGGGAAGGAUUAUUCCUGACGAAGUCGAUAUUUCCGCUCUGUUGAGAGUGGGAAAUGUCACGGAUACAUACAUACCCAGUAUAUCUCGACUUACGUCCGUCUUUUUAGAGAUCAGGGAUGAAAAGCUUACUCUACACGGACUUAAACCAUACGGUCCAAGAGAUAUAUUGGAUGCCAAACGUCUUCUUUUCAACUCCACCGACCUCCACUUUCGACAAAUGUAUAGUUUACUUGGCGAAACCAAACUUGAUUCACCACUAACGGGAGCCUUGUACCCUGUUGCUGAGGACCAAACAUUACCAUGGAUGUAUCGUGGUCGAGAAUGGUGCCGCUGGCGGAGCAUACGAACACCCAGAUCGAAGACGGUGGAGUCAAUUGAAGACGACCUCUCCCCAACCAUCUCUACACCGUUACUAAAUCCCGCGCGGGGCGACAAAGUGGGCUACAACGAUAUCCGAUCUCUCCUCGACUCCUUCUCAACCGCCACCCCAUCGGAAUUACCUGCUGCGACCGAAAUUACUGCUAAAGAACUAGAUGUUUCUGCUAUAUUCGGGGAAUCGGAGCCAGCAUCUUCUCCCACAACCGCCUCCACACCACCAUAUAUCCCACCAGGCGCUGAGAUCCAAACAAACUAUCGCGCAGUCCUCGGUCAAAUCCUCCAUUCAUCACCAACACUCCCAAAAGCCCGAGAACCGAAAUCCCUCAGCGAUCUCUUUGCCUCAAACCCUUCGCAUCUCCUCUGCAACUCUGUCCCUAAAAUCCUUGACUUUCUUUCAACCCUCAACCCGGUUACAUAUAAAUACGACUUCAAAAUCCUUUUAAAAUUCUCCCCGUCGCCCUGGAAACAUCCCAAGAACUUUGAACUCCUACCACCCGUAGAAAUGGAGUUACAGAUUAAACCGGAUACGAACGAACUUCAAGCUCUUAAGGUUGCAGCGGUGGAAAGUCACAGCAUCGUCGACGUCCUAAUGCCAAGAAACGCAUGCGACUUGAGAUUUGUGAAGAGAACGUUAGCAAGAGUGGAAGGGAAAACGAAACAAGUAAAAAAUUACAUCAGAGCAGCGAAAUUAGAUGUAUUAGGUGAAGAUAGACUGGAAGCCGGGGAAGUGCUAGAGUUCAAUCUUCCAAAGUGGAUGAUAAGCGAUGCUGAGAAGGUAGCUCCGGUAGUCGAACCUUCCAGUGCAGAGGACGAAUACUCCGAAUUGGCGUUUUCUGAGAUGUACAACGAUGCGGGUUCCCUGGGGACCGUUCCCGUCAAUUACUUUUUCACGGGGUUGGAAACAAGAUCCUCUACGACAUUUGACUUUGAUGGUUCAGCGUUGGUAUAUACGAAGAUCGAGGCGGGUGCUUCCGGCGGCAGCUAUGACGAAGUAGUCCUUGAAUGCUCUAACCAACAAAUCGAGUACCUCACACCAUUAGAACAAACGACCAUAGGCAGAGAAGAUGAAAUAGAAGAAGAGAGGGUAAGGCAGGAAACUAUGGAUCAGAUGAUGGAGUUGGAGGCGGAGGAGUUGGAGAAGGUUACAAGAAACAUGAGAGCUAGAGAUGAAUAUAUGCAUGAUAUGCAGGGAGGUCCGGUGUUUGAAACUGUUGAUCGUGGAGAGAUAAAGAGGAAGAAACACGAGGAGAAGAUGGAAAGAAGGGCACUAAGGAAAGCAGAGAAACUCGAGAGCGAAAAGCUUAAUCAGGGGGCUGAGGCAGCAGAGGAUGGGUUGGAAGCCUCUCCUAGAGUUGAGGGGGAAACGGAAUCGAUUGGCUCUGGAGAGGCCAUUGAGUCUGAAGCAACUACUGGGCUUGAAGCAACGACCGAAUCCGAGGCUACAAAGGAACCAUUAAAGUCAUUUGAUCUAGGAGAAACCGGCUCCGAAGAAUCUUUGCAAACAUAUUCGGAGAACCUAGACCACGAAUUACAGGCCUUGGGCGAAACUGGAGAAACCCAAGAAACACUCCAAGCCAACAAGCAACCAACCGGACUGGAAUUCUUAUAUGGAGAAGAAGUAGAAGAAACAACGUCAGAAAUCGAGAUAUCACAACCCCAGGGCCAGGAAUCUAUCAAAGAAUCUCUAGUAGGGGCCGUUGCGGAGAAACAAAAAGUGGAUGAUGAAGACGCCGAGGUCAUAUCUGAUGCGGUGUUCCAGCGAUUUAUUCACACGGCAAGGAAGUUAGUCGAGGCUGUAGAAACUACGGAGUCGGAUCAUGAACGGGUUACGCCCAAGAAACUGUAG